GAUCAUGAUGAGAAUUGAUGAUCGGACACGCUGAUUUCAUUGUCUGAGGCGGCAGUGAAGAUCCAGGAAAAAUCUCUGAAUCUUUCUACUCCAGCAUUGGCCUUGUCUGGGAUCCUCAGAUCCUAUCUAGGAUCCUGUGAACACUUCUGUGAUUGCAUCACUCCCGAGAACCACUGAAAUCGAAUUGCCUUUUGAGAGACCAUAUUAAAUACCCCUUUGUUGAGAAGGCUUAUGUUUUUCAGUAAUUGUGAGGAAAAACCUCUGUGUGUCCGUGGUGGCGAAAUUUUACAAUGAAUCUACGUUCAGUAUUUACUGUAGAACAACAAAGGAUUUUACAGCGUUAUUAUGAAAAUGGAAUGACAAAUCAAAGUAAAAAUUGCUUUCAGCUCAUAUUACAGUGUGCACAGGAGACUAAGCUGGACUUCAGUGUAGUCAGGACGUGGGUUGGCAACAAGCGAAGAAAAAUGAGUAGUAAGAAUUCUGAGUCAGGAACAACUGGAACUCUUUCUGGUACUUCCUUGACAGCUCCAGAUCUUACAGUCAGAAAUGUGGGCAACAGUGUUCAACCUUCAAGCCAACAGUCUUCUUGGACUUCAGCCAAUAAUGAUGUCAUUCUAACAGGUAUAUAUAGCCCAGCCUGUUCACUGAGUAGGCAAGGGACAACUAAACAUACCAAUACACAAAUUACAGAAGCUCAUAAAACUCCUAUUCAGAAAACAUCCAGUAAAAAUGAUACUGAGUUUCAGUUGCACAUUCCUGUUCAAAGACAAGUAGCACACUGUAAAAAUGCCUCCCUGCUCCUAGGUGAAAAAACAAUUAUUUUGUCAAGACAGACAAGUGUGCUAAAUGCUGGAAACUCAGUAUAUAAUCACACAAAGAAAAACUAUGGAAGUUCUUCAGUGCAAGCUUCUGAAAUGACAGUAUCUGAAAAACCAUCUGUGUGUCACCGAUCUUGCAAAAUUGAACCAGUUGGAAUUCAAAGAUCAUAUAAACCUGAAUAUAUAGGUAUGGCAUCGCAUAAUUUAUGUGGCCAAAAGCCAGCUCUUAGAGACCCAUACUGUAGAACACAAAAUUUGGAAAUCCGUGAAGUGUUCUCAUUGGCAGUAAGUGAUUAUCCUCAGAAAAUUCUUGGAGGAAGUGCCACGCAGAAGGCUCCAAGCUCAGCAGAAGGAAUUUGUUUGUCAAUUGCAAUGGAAACUGGAGAUGCUGAGGAUGAAUAUGCGAGAGAGGAGGAGUUGGCUUUAAUGGGAGCACAAAUACGAAGCUACUCAAGAUAUUAUGAAAGUGCAAGUUCCCUUCAAAAUGAGAACCAAAGUACAACUUUGCCUGGACCAGGAAGAAAUAUACCAAAUUCACAAAUGGUGAAUAUUAGAGAUUUUUCAGACAGUGUACUAUAUCACAACAGAGACUGCCAUUUGACAUCACGAAACUCAUUACAUACAGCAUCUAGUACAUUGUACAGUAGUACAAAUCCAUUACGGAGUAAUUUUUCUCCAAAUUUUUCAUCAUCAAACCAAUUGAGAUUACCACAAAGCCAAAACAAUUACCAGAUUUCAGGAAACCUUACUGUGCCUUGGAUUACAGGGUGUUCUAGAAAAAGAGCACUACAGGACCGCACUCAGUUUAGUGAUCAAGACUUAGCUAUGCUUAAGAAAUUCUGGGACAAUGGCAUGACCAGUCUUGGCUCAGUUUGCAGAGAGAAGAUUGAAGCUGUUGCUACUGAAUUAAACGUUGACUGUGAAAUAGUUCGGACUUGGAUUGGGAAUCGAAGAAGGAAAUAUCGUUUAAUGGGCAUUGAAGUUCCACCUCCAAGAGGAGGCCCUGCUGAUUUCUCUGAGCAGCCUGAGUCUGGUUCUUUCUCUGCAUUUACACCAGGAGAUGAAACAGGGCCUGAAGUAGGAGAGGAUAAUGACAGAAAUGAUGAAGUAUCCAUCUGUUUGUCCGAUGGAAGUUCUCAAGAAGAGCCCAAUGAAGUUGUUCCAAAAGAGACUAGAGUUCACAAGAAGGAAGAGCAUCAUGCAGUAUGCACAGAUAAUGUGAAAAUAGAAAUUAAUGAUGAUGAAGAAAAUGACGUGAUAAGUAAUUCUGAAGUAGAACAAGUAAAUUCUCCCUUGGAUUAUAAGAAUGAAGAAUUCAGAUUCAUUGAAAAUGAACUAGAGAUUCAGAAGAAAAAAUACUUUAAACUUCAAACUUUCGUUAAAAGCUUGAUAUUAGCUAUGAAAGCUGAUGAUAAGGAACAGCAACAGGCACUGCUAUCAGAAUUACCUCCUGAAUUAGAAGAGAUGGAUUUCAAUCAUGCCUCGCCGGAGCCUGAUGAUACCUCAUUCAGUGUGUCUUCUUUAUCAGAGAAGAAUGCAUCAGACAGUUUAUGAUUUGAAGAGAGAUAUAUGAUGCAGUAUUUGGCUGCUUAACAGGUGUGAAUUUUAAGAUAACUGCAUUCUGUCACCCCAAUAGUCUUCAGUUGAAAAACCAUAUUAUUGAAACUAAGAUAUUCUUGUGAAGGAUAGACCACAUGUAAUGGCUACAAUGCAAAAAAAUGCAUGUUAAAUUUAAAAACUGAGAGGUUUUUUUUUUUUUUUUUUUUUUUACAAACUAAUGGUACUAUGGAAAAGUUAGUGUUUCGUUUUGAACAAAGCUAUGAAAUUUAUUACAUUUAAUUUCUGAAAGACAUUUUUUGAUUUUAUAAAAUAUUUACUAAUAGCUUUAACCAGGGGCACAAAAAUAAAUGUAUUUCAACAUUAAUUAUCAAGCAACUAAAGCUUGAUUUGUGUUGGUUUUUUUUUUUUUUUAGCAAUUACACCUUAUUUCCUCUCCUUUUCCUAUCAUCCAUACACAUUUUUUUCUCAGGAAAGUGAGCUAAAACUUAAAAAACAAAACUUUAAAGAACUAUUUAUCCUGGAUAAAUUAUGGGAUUUAUUUUUCAAUCCCUACAAAAAAUGAUUUAAACUAAUGACACAAUUGAAGUAAUGACUAGUAUGUAAUUGCAUAUUUUUAUCUAGCCAAAAUAUCUGUGAGGAGAGGGGAAAUACUAAGGAAAAUUAAUUUUCCAACAUAGUCAAAUAAAUGAUUAGGGGUACAGACAGAUAUUGUAAAAUAUUAGUCUUAAUGAGAAUCCUUCAUUGCUGUGAAAGAAAAAAUAUUGGUAAGCAUUAAAUUCUACUGAUAAACUUUUGUAAAUGAGUUAGAUUAAAUAUUGCACAAAUAUUUCAAGUAUAUCACAAUCUUCAAAAUUUUUUUCAGUGCUUACAUUUUAUGAAACAAGAAGUCAAGGUAAGCCACUGAAAUUUUUUUUAAAACCUAGUCACUGAGCAAAAAUUUAACCCAUUUCCAUGUGAAGCCCUUACUGAGCCAUCAGCCAAGGAUAAUAUCCAAAAAGAAUCCUACUACUUAGGUUGUAAAUGCAUCCUCCAAAUUUCCUGGAUACUAGUCUACAAAUGCACACUUUUAAAAUGAGCAUAGUACCAGUUGUUCUAUUACUGUGUGCAAGUGGCAAUACACUGUAGACAGUUCUUUGCAGAUCCUUCCUUCCAGGAUACCAGGUGGCAGUACCAAUACACAUGUGAAAGAAAAUGUCAACUUUUCUGUACCCUCAUAGUUUCAUGUAUUUAUAACUUGGCAGUGUUGAAUUGUGUUGCAUGAUUAAAUUACUAACUAUACUUAAGCAAAAGAUUAAUAAAUAACUAGAUGACACAUUUAGUUAUCAAAUUUAUACUUAAAAUAUUUAAAAAUUUAAUUAGAGACAAUUCUGAUCAUGGAAUUAAACACAAAUUAACGAAUGCAGAACGGCAAUUUUGAAUGUCUUCAACCAUGUGAUGCCUCCCAUCCUAUAAAAAUAUAGAUAAUGCUUAUUGAUGGCCUUAUAGUGUGAUUUGAUAUUAUUGCCAUACUCCGUCUCUGACUCCUCUGUUGCCAGAAAUAUUUUAGUACUCUAGUAUGCUCGCUUUUAGCUGAGAACCAUAUAUUCUUUGAAAUGUUCAGUAUUCCUUGCCAAAAAUUCAAAUUCCAUUUUUAAGAAAAGAACACAGAUAAACAGAAAUUCAGAUAUUAGCAUUGAAUUUUAUCAGUCAUGCCAAUUCCGCCAUGAUAUAGAGUCCGGAAUAUAGACAGCAAAAGUAGGAAACCAUUUUUAAAUAUUAUGUAUAAAUUUCAGAAUUCCAUAUCUCUCUUAAGAUCUCCUUCCCAGUCCUUAAGUUUAUCUUUUAACUCAAAUUUUUUCUGUUUCUAUUUUAGCCCUUUCUCAGUUCUUAUUGGAAAGUACAGAUAGAGAAUUCUUUACUAAACAUUUUAAAACUAAGAAUUUAUCUUUCACACUUUUGAAACUAGACACCAUCAAAAAUAUUUGCUGAACUCCUGCUAUAGGAAAGGCACUGUUCUGGACACUGGAAUUCUUGGUACUGAGCUGAACACUGGAUUUCUUGGCAAGUUGUAGACUUCAAAAGGAAUUAUUUCAUUUUAAUGUACUCAAGAAUAUUAAUAAAGCAUAUUUAAGCAAAAAAAAAUGUAACUGAUUUAAGUAGUCUGCCAGGUGUGAUUCCCAAAAUAAUCCCACUUUACAUUUUUGAGAGGAAUCAUACAUGACUCCCUUGUAUUAAAGUUCCAUUAGAAUAGAAACAAGGAAUCGUAGCAGUAUACUAAAGACUCCUUUUAUUUUGGCACUUGUGUUUCAGCAGCAGAAUUAUUUAUUUUAUCAUCACCAGAAUUAAAAUACACAUAAUUAAAAUAUGGCUGUUCUUUAGCAGGAAUCAAAUUAAACAGCUUUAUCAAGCAAAAUUUUCACAAUUUGUAGAAUGAAAUUUUGCGCCAUUGGUUUUGGAAUAGAUAUCAAAUUGAAGUAUUGAAAGAAAGUUAGUACGGAAUUGGGUUUUAGCUUGAUGGCAGAGCAUUUACCUGAAGCUCCAUGGAUUAAAUGCCCAUCACUGUAAAAAAAAUAAAGAUAGGAAUACAUGAAAGGAAAAUACAUAUUAUGAAUAAAAUAUGUUUUCACGUAUAUAGUUUAGAAUUGCUUUUGUGAUAUAUUAGAUCAAGAAAAGUAGCAGUUUAUGAUUAUUCUUAUGAACAAUUUCAUGCCUAAAGGUAAAAACCAACUUGUGAUUUGCCUUCAAUGCUUUAAUGAUAUUAACACAUGCAAAAAAUAUUGGAAGAAAAUUAGCUUCUUCAUAGAGACUGGGUAUGUUUUGUUUUAAGGUCAGUUACCAGUAGCAGAACUUUUGUACUGCCAUUUUGUAGUAGAACUCUAUUAUUGAUGGAGAAGAAAAGGCUAAGGUCAAAUCACUUCCUGUUCUCUCUAUACUACUGAGACCUCAAAAUACGUUCAAGGAGCCCUUUCUUUAAAGACAGAAACAUUUCUGUUGUGGUCCUCUAAUAUUCAGCAGGUUUAUAUGUUUGUAGGAAUUAAAAGAACUCUGGAGUUUCAGGCAUGGUGUUCCAAGCUUGUAAUCUCAGUACUUCAGAGACUGAGGCAAGAGGAAUGGUACAAACUCUAGUCCAGCCUGAACUACAAGUGAGAAUUUGUCUCAAAACAACAAAAACGAACAAAAAGAAUUUUGUACUCUGAUACUGUCUUGGUCACUUUUUUGACACAGGGAACUUUAUCCAAUAUCCAUCAGGUUUUCCUCAUCUUAACUAAAUUACUUGUGAUCACUUUUAAGAGAAAUUGUCAAAAUUUUGACGCCUAUCCUUCCUCCACAUUGCAGCAAUAGUAUAACAGGAAUAAUGACAGUUUUUAAUGUGUCAAAUUUUAAUUCAAAUAUACAAAAUGUAAAAUUGUUAUUGCCAAUUUUAGGGCAUUAUGAGUGUCAUUUUUUCUAAAUUAUGGAUAGUUUUACACUUGCAGUUGAUGUUAUCCUUGGCAGACAGCACUGUAUCAUGCCCUUCACCAAUCUGUGCUAUGUAAUAGUAUAAUUGAGCAGCCUAGUAACAUGUGAACCUACACUCAACAUAAUUGUCAUUGCUUUACAUAAGCAUUUAUCAAAAACAGAUUUGUUAAGGGGGGGAAAGAAAACAAAGUGAUCUUUUCAAGCAAUUAUUUUUCCUGAUUGUACCUUUAAAUCAUAUAUUAAGAAUAUAUUGCUCCACAAUGAAAUUUUACUUUUCAUUAACUUACUAAGUACAUAAUUCCAUUUGACAUUCCUGCAUUCCAUUUUACUUGUACUACCUCUGAAACAUUACCAUCACCUUAAAUCCACAUCAGAUUGUAACAUGAAUAUUUGUUGAAUUUUUAUUUACCCUUUUAUAGAUGCAAUAAAUAAUUUCCAACUAAUAUAUCUUUCUUUACUUUAAUGCUUCUAUUUUCAACUCUUGGUAUUGUAGUUUUUAUUUUAAGAUGAAUUAAUUUCUUCCAAAAAUAAGGUUUUGAUAAAAAAAGAGAAGUGCAGAGAAAAAUGAGGUGUUGGCUGUCAAAGAAAGGAGAACACUGAGUGCUCAAGAGAAAAUUUGGUUAACUUCCAAGCUGAUAUGUAUACUAUAUUUAAUUGAUGUUAUUUAACAUGCACUGCAUUAACAUCUAUUAAAUAACAUAAUGUUUUACAGUAGGUAAUAGAUUUGUCUUCAGUAGAAUAAUUAAAUGGUAGAAUCAGCCAAUUAAUUGGCAUGGUACAAAAAAGAAUGGCAUUUUUACUUAAGGUUUCUGUUUUAAUAUGUGAUGGUUUUGAAUCUAACUUUCCCUGCUUCUGUUUGACACCAGUUGAACAUGUUUUAAAAUGGAAUGAAUAUGUACAUGCCUUCUUUAUCAAAGAUUUAUACCAUUUAAAACUAUUCAUGUUACCUAACUAGUAGGGAACAAAAUAGAUUGGGCAAAGGAUGAGUUUCAAACAGCACACGAAGCAGUAUUUCCUAUUUGAUAAAUUUUCAAGAGUUGCAAGGGGAAAAAAAUUUUACAUGCAAACUUAAAUGACACAGGUCUUUUCAGAUCUACAGUGCACUGAUUUAUGGUAAAAAGAGUGUUUGAUCAUAUAAAAUGAAAUGAGAAUAAUUACAAAACUAUCUUAUACAGCAAGAAAUAUUUACAAAUAAUUGAAUAUUUUGCAUACUUUGAAAUUUUAUGAGAUUUCAUAUUUUAUUUACAUCUUUUUAUGGAAGUGGAUUUUCAUUGUACAAAUUUUAGAAAAUAUUUAAAAACCACUUGUAAUUUCACAAACUAAUAAUGGAUAUAAACAUCUUAGUCUAUUCACUCUAGUCAUUUCUCCUAUAUAUUACAUAUAUUUAACAAAACUGGGUUCACAUGAAAAUACAAUUAUAUGUCCUACAUUUCUUAUAUGACUAUUUGAGACCAAAGUAUUUUACUUUCAAUUAUAUUUGAAUCUAAAGAUAAAGACAAAACAUAUUUUAAAAAUUCAUGUGGAGGGAAUAAAAAGAAAAUUUUUAUUACUGAAACUAUUUUAAGGAGUUAACAUGUCACUGCUUUACAUGAAAAUUAUGCAUUUUAAGAGAUUGAAAGCAAAUAUUGCUGCUAUUUAUGAUAACAUCAAUGAAAUUGCUAUACUUUAAGAGCAAAUUGCAAAAGAAGACCAAAUUACAAGAGGGUUCUCCUUAAUGCUUCUACCCAAGUACUGUAUUGUUUUUGUGAUCUACACUAGUAAACCACGCUAAACUAUAUUUUUAUUUUAAAAAGAAAAAUAGAAAAAAAGGAUAGAAAUAACACUGAAUUGCAAAAAAAUUAGGAAGUUAACACUAGUUAAUUCCUAAAAUAGUUGUUCAGGUUACAAGAUGUAGGCACAAAAAUAAACAAUGACAGCACAAACUGAUAGUAUAGUUAUCUAUCUUGCAAACUUUAGAAUAGAAAAACAUCCUUUUUAGCUAUGAAAGGUUUCACGCUGGAUAUACCAAUGUACACUUGAAAUUAUUAUUUUUUAAAUAAAUCAAUUGGAAUACAGCUCUAUUUUUUCUCUAGAGAACAAGGUUAUAUCUUUCUUAUUAUAGUGCUCUGUUUCACUCAUCUUACUGGGAAGUUUAGAAACGUUUGCCUAUCUUGAAUUUUGUUGUGUCAUAAUGAUUAAUAUUUUUAUUUCAAAUUUAUUGCAUACUGCAAUGUAUAUACAAAUUACUACAAUCAUCUACUUCUUUUUACAAGCUAAAUUAUAUGAAACUCUAUUACUUCUGUCAAGCUCUAGUUAAAAAUGUAGAUUUUUAGAGAAACCUAUUAAUUUUUUCUAGCUGUUAAUAGACCAUUGGAGUGCAUGAGUUCAAUAAUGUGGGAAGUGAUAUCUCUAAUAUUUGUUUGCUUAAAUUAGAUGAUUUAUAUGUCUAAGACACAGGUCAUAGAUUUAAACUCCAAUCAGGUCAAUCAAUAAGUUUAUACAAGUCAACAAUUUCUUCUGCAACAGAGUCACUAUGCACCUGUAUUUUUAAGGAAUUUUUGCCCAUUGAUGAAUAUGAUCAUUUUUAUAGAUUUUUAAAAUGUAUAAACAAUGAAUGCUGGGGAGGCUCUUUUGUUCAUUCUCAUCCCAUGCCUCUACUGGAACUUUAUUAGUAAUUUAUUGGAAAUAAAUUGUUAUAAAAUUCAAUUAUCUGUGACUAAGGUAAAAUGAACUAUUGGGCUUUCAUUCAUCACUGGUAGUAUUUGCUUAAUCAGCUGUACUCUUUACAACAUUAUGUAACUAAUAGGCUACCAAGAAAAGGAUAGUUAAGGCCAUGGAUGUCUAAAACUGGAUAGAGAUACCUAGAAAUUGGCUAAAAGUCUUUUGAAAAUCAUCACAAUGACAGUCACUAAGUGGAUAGUGGGCAGGGCAAAGAGGGUUCUAGAUUCUAAAAUCUAGAAGAUGAAGGUUUAUAUAGUAGUAUAGUUCAGGAACUUAAGUAUUGUACAAGUUCAAUUGAGUCAAAUCUCAAUUUUAAUAUUUAUUGGAUGUGUGAUUUUAGGUAUUUGAUAAAUUUGUGUUGCAAAUUAUGCAUAAUGAUAGUGCUUACCUUGUAGAGCUUUAAGGAUUAUAAUGCAUCAUAAAUUGCUCAACAUAAUGCUUCAUAAACAAUGACUUCUUAUUAAAAGUUAUUUUACUAUUAUUAUUAUUAUUAUUAUUACAUCCUAUAAAGGGAAUUAAAGGAAUUCAAAGAAAACUCUGAUCCAACAAUUUUGCCCUUGGUAUAAAUGGAUAAAUACAAAUAUUUAAGAGGAUUAAUGGAUAGAUCCAAAUAAUUUUAUCUACAUAUUCUUUCUCACUAGCAGAGAUAUCGUAUUCAAAAGAUAAAACAAUUUCUUAUACUCUCAGUGUUCUUCUUAAUACCUUAAAAAAUUAACAGCCAUUCUCAUUUAGCAAGGAGCUGCUACCAUAUAUGAAUUGGAGUGAAUCUUGUUCAUUAUCUUACAUUUCAUAAACUGUCAAUGCCAUAUAACAAAUUUCACACAUUUGUAUUUAUCUAUAUUAUCUCUUUCAUAAAAAUAUUUACAAUGUAGUGUGAAAAAUCCUUUACAGAAAAAUCUAGUAUGUAAAAAUUAAUUUGACUUUUUGAGUGUCAUAUCUUAAUCUCCAGUUUAAUGCAUGAAUUUCUGAAAUAUUUUAAGUAUUAUCUGCAGAAAUUUUAGUUUAGAUAUUUAUUAUUUAUUUAUUUAUGGUACUGGGAAUCAAAAUCAUGGCCUGGCACUUGCCAGGCAGGUGCUAUGCCAUUGAAUUAUAUGCCUGUCCCCUGUUUAGUUUUUUUAAACUUUCUCUGUUUGUUUCAAUCAAGUGAAUUCUAUUCUAUUAUUAGUGGCUCUUGAACAGAUAAACUAUCCUAUUUUAUUCAAUAAAAUAAUGUUUUAUUUUUUCAUGGCAAUCUUCAUGAAAUACUACAUUCCAUGCACUCCUUGAUUUAAGGGUUGGUGUUGAAAAAUCUGUAGUGAUUCUGAUGGCCUUUCUUUUAUACAUGAUUUGUUUCUCCUUUUGAACAGCUUUUUGGUACUCUCUUCUUUUGUUCAAUCUAUGGAAUCUUCACUAUUGUAUGCCUUAGUAUAGAUUUUUAUGGUUAAUUGGAAUUUGUAUGCCUCACUUAUCAGUAUGUCAAAUUCUUUUUCCAUGCCUGGUAAGUUUUCUGCCAUUACUUCUGUGAACAGGAUUUUUCAUAUCAUUUGCACUAUCUCCUCGUUUUUCAUUGAUCUUAUGUUUCAUUGAUCUUAUGAUCAAUCUUAUGUUAUUCUUUGCAUUAUACAGCAGCUCUUGAACUGAUUUUUCAUGGUCCUUUGUUAUUUUUAAGAAAUCUUUAUUUUCAUGAUUUCUCACCACAAAUAUGUAUUCUAGGUCUAACAUGUCCACACUACUGUAGAUUUGGCUUCCUAUAUACUCAAUAGAAGUUUUAAUCACCUAUAUAUUUGUUUGAAUCUAUUGUAGAGAUUCCAUUUCUUGGCUAUGUUGGACAUACAUGAUUUCCAUAAUUUUCCUAAGCUCCUCUACUUUUCUUUUAUCUUAUCUACUCUAAAUUCACUAGUUAUGUCUUUCGUUAUGUCCAUCAUCUCUUUAAAAUUGUCUUGAGAAAUUAUUUCUAAUAUGAUUUUUCUAGAACCUCAUUCUUCUGCUUUGUUCCUUCUGCUAAUACCACUUCAGAAAGUUCAGAUGGGUGGCUCUCAAACUAUUUCACAUCAAUGCCUCUUGGGUUUGCCUGUGAUGAGCUGGUAUUUUGGCAUUGCAGCUUGUUUCUGUGUGUCAUUUUCUAUAUAUACAUUCUAUGGUUGUAUUGCUACAUUGUUGAUUGUAAAUUUCUUAUGGGAGAUAGCUUUAUUACUAAUAUUUAGAACUUCUUAGUGAAUGAUACUUUUCACUCAUAUCUUCUGGGUGUAUCUGGCUUUUGUCCAUUGAGACUGUUGCAAGAUUCUACCUCUUCAGUUUAUUGAGGAUAAGAAGUUGCUGCUUAUUUGGCCUAACAGUCGGUUUUUUGGUACUAGCUGAUAAUACUGUUAAUGAUCUUAGUCUUGGAAUGCGAGAACAACUAAUUAGAACAACUAUGUCACUUUGAUUAAAGUAGUACAAUCAGUGAUUUUGCUUUCAAGAAUAUCCUAGAAAAUGGUGAACUGUGGUAACUAUUAAUUUGCCAUCUUUAUUCAUUUAAACAAAUUUGUAGUUAUGUAACAAAGUCUAAAGUAAAAUAGAAAAUCACAUACAAUAAAUAUCACUUCUACAUAGCAAUUUUAUCCUCGGGAGAGAAAAUUUAAAUAUAGUAAGAAAAAAAUAGAGAAAUAGAAAGACAUUAGAAGUAAGGCUGAAAGACAGAGAAAGAGUACACAAGAAUUGGGAAGUUAGUGAAGAAGACUAUGGGGAAAGAAUAAAAGGAAGAAAUGGACCCAGAGGAGCAGUGAAUUGUCACCACCUUGGGGCUCACAGUGUCAGUGUGAGACAUAACCAUAGGAAACACGCAGGCUCAGGUAACCAAGAUCAAGUUGCAAAGAGACACCCAGGGUUUUGUCAACUAAUAAUCUCAAUCCUUGGGUGGGGAUUUAGCUCAGCAGCAUAAGUGGUUGCCUGGCAAGUAGGAGAUCAUAGUUUGAUCUCCGGCACCAAAAAAAAAAAAAAAAAAAAAAAAAAAAUCUUGAUCCUGGCUUCACAUCCAGAAACCAGAACCAACCUAAACAUUAGUGGAGUUGAAAGUACAAAAGUAAAGGCUUGCUGGAAUUAUCUACCACCCCACCAUAAUUCUUCUGCAGGCUUGCUAUGAUUAACCAAGACAAAUCUGACCCUGUCUAUCCCCUUUGCCAACAAGUGGCAUGAAGACACAUUUUGAAAUAGACAGUUUUAUUCUCUUUUUCUUCACAUUUUUCAAUUACUCUUGUUUUCAUAUGAGCAUGAAUAUUAUAUCUAGCUUUAUUGUUAUUUUUAAAUUCUGAUUUCUGUUGUAUCAUUACUUUUAUAAAGGUGUUUUAUACUUACAUGCAGCCUUCCUUCUAAUUUACUCAUGAGCACAUAUUUUGCUUUCAAAAGGUUGUAUUUUCUAAUUGUACAUCAUUCCGAAAUAUUUAAUUCAUCUGUGUAUCAAGAAUUGCAUAAACUGUAUUCUUACUGGCACAUUAGGUCUGAAGUAAGUGGCUAUUUAAAUACUUAUUAUGCUUUGUUUUAUAUACAUAAUGUUCUGUUUGUUAAUUUACUAACAUAUAUGCGGGAGAAAUUAGAGAUUCCAAUGGAUUUAUUUUAUUACAAGACAGCACUUAUUUUUGUGUUUUCUAUUUUUCAAAUAAUUGGUGGAGAUUUAACUGGAAAAGUACAGUAAAAAGUAUUAAGAACUAAAUUCCAAGAACCUUCACAUUCAAUCAGCUAAAAAAAUGACCUAUUUGAACACAAAUGACUGCUGGAAGUCAGGAGUUAAAAAAAGAGUUCAGGCACAGGAAUUUAGAAAGUCUUAGAAACAAGAUUGUAUAAAUUGAAAUGCAAUUUCAAUAAGUAUAAGAAACAAUGGGAAGUAAAAUGUUAGACUAGCAAAAUUCAGCCUCUGCAUGACCUUGUAUCCAGGCACCUGAAAAAUGACAAGUUAGUAGACAAAUGAUAAGAUAUCCUGGAAUAAGAAAAAAAUGACAGGAAAAUUAGAAGAUACCAAGAAGCUGGGGAACUGAACCUCAAUGCACAGAAAUAAAAGAAGCAAUCUGGAAGCUUACCAUAGGACCUAGGAAAAGGAACAUGUCAUGGAGCUGCAGUGUGGGAAGCUCCGUAAGGAAAUGAUAGGUGGGAAUGACAGCAUUGCCUUAGGAGGAACUUACAGCUGUUGCAAAUGGACUUUAGGUCUCAGUCACCGGGGAAACUUAACAAACUUACAGGAUGUAAAUCUAGGGAGAAAACUGUGGUUUACUGAUUUCAAAACAGUAGAUAAUGGAAAUAAACUGGCCAUUGAAAUAUAUAGAGAAAAUAUUUGCAGUGGUUUUUCCGAACUUUUCCUUUUUCUUUAAAGAAUUCUUCAGUUUGGGGAUUUUCCUUUUUUAUUUUUCUUUCCUUUCCUUUUUUUUUCACUUUUAAUGCUUUUCAUAUUUAUUUUUUCCCCUCUUUUUAAACUUCUUUUUCUCAUUGAUUCUAUUCUUUUAUCUUUAUCUAAUGUAAUUAGUAUUCUCCUACUCCUUAGUAGAACUUUAAAUGUCACUUUUAUUUUAUUUUGAUCUUAUAUUAUUACUUUUUCAAUUUUUUUUGUUUUCUUUUUCCUGCUCCCUGCCCCUUAUAUCUUUACUAGUGUAAAAAUGAAGCUAUUUUAAUUUUUAGAUAGUUACUCUAUAUAAUCACUGUUUCUUUCUUAUUGUUAGUGGAGGUGUAAUUGUCACAUUUAGGAGAUAUUUAAUCUAGGCUAAUAUCUGUCUUAGUGUUUAUAAAAAGAUUAUAGAUAAAUUUGCUAUGGUUUAAGAUUAUGCAUUAUCAGUUCUUGUAGUAUAUCAAUAUGCAAGUCGUUUCUGAUGAUAAUAUUGUUGCUGUUUUAAUUGCUGUUUCAGGGUACAUAACAGUUUAAUUGCUGUUGCUAACAAUAGGGUUUGUAUGCAUGGUAAUAUCCAGAUUUCCUUUGAGCUACUAACACUAUUGCUCUCAAUUUGGAAAUAACUGAGUACUGAGACAAUAGCACUGCAUUCUCCCUUCCAAAUUAAUGGAGCUAGUCAGAUACUGACACAGAGGCAGAGUCCUAGUGAGCCAUACCAAGUACAUCACUGAAAAAUAGAUACAAUACUAGCUAAAGAAACAUACAUACUAUCAAAAAUUAUUUUCUCAUAUCAAGAAUACCCAGAGCAAAACAAUCAAAUAGACAAACUAAAGAAAUCAAGGCAAAAAAAAAAAUGCUUCCAAAAGCUCCCUAGUCAUCUUGUGGAUAUCAAGAGGGUUUUUGUAAGGGUGAUAGAAUAUAUAUAUAUAUAUAUAUAUAUAUAUAUAUAUAUAUAUAUAUGAUCAAAGCAAACUUAAAGCAUAUAUAACUGAAAAAAUGAAAUAAUAAAAUAUGAUCAGAUAUUUUAUAAAAGAAACUAAUGAAUAGCCAGCGGAACUAACAAAAUAACAUAAAACAUGAAUAAGGAGUGUAGCCAUGAAAAUGUUCCCAAUAGAAAUCAAGGAAAUUAAAAAUCCCAUCAAAGGUAUGUUCAACACAAGUGACCAAGUUUGAGAACAGAGUGUCAGAACUAGAAUGGUAGUACUGCAAAAAGAAACCAGUUACUUUGCAAUAAUACAAAACAAGAGAAUAUUAAAAACACAUCUAACAGCUCCAAAUGAUGUAUGGGAGAAUUCUCUAAGAACAGUUGGAAUUAGUGAACACAAGACUGCACAAGUAGCAUAAAUAGCUUUUUUACUGACACGAUUGGAAAAAAAAAUUGAAAAUAGAAUGACAUAAAAAUAGGUCAUACGUAUGGAGCCCGAAAUUUCCAAGAUCAGAAAAGAAUCUCUCUGCAAAAUAUCCUAGUCAAAAUUCCAGACAUCCAACACAAGAACAAAAUUUGAAAGCUGGUAGUAAAAUGCAAGGAGUCACUUAUAAAUGCAAUCUCAUGAGAAUUACAGACUUCUCAACAAAAACCUAAAAGGUUACGUGAGAUUGAGCUGAAGCGAUUUAAGCCCUAAAAAUAAACAAUCUGCAACUAAAACUGAUAUACCUUGCAAAAUAUAUUUCUCAAUUGAAGGAGAAAUAACUACUCUCCAUGACAAAGAGCACUUUAAGAAAUGACACCAAACCAGCACUAAAAGCAUUUCAUGAAUAUCACAGAAAGAGAUGUUGAAACCAAUAUUUACAAAAAGUCUAAUAGGAUGAGUAUAUCAAAACAGGUUGAGCAGUUAAGUAAAAGGGAAAAAUAUGAACUUAGCAGCAGGAAAAUAACGCAAUGGCAGAAAGAAGUCAAUAAUUUUAAUUACUAAUUUUCAAUAUGAAUAAUCUCAAUUCCUCGACCAAAAGAUGUAUUUUGGCAGAAUGGAAAAUAAACCAAACACAAGAAUAUGCUACAUACAAGAAAUAAAUUUAAAUGUAAAAUGAAAA